ACAUCUGUAUACGUCGAGUCCAAGGACGGCUGCUGUGAUUGGCUGUUGUUUAUCACGUGUUUAUUCUGAAGAUGGCGUCUCCAAAUGGAGGUGACGAUUUUGAAAGCUCUUUGCUGAGUUUUGAGAAAUUGGACAGAGCUUCACCAGACCUGUGGCCAGAGCAAUUGCCUGGAGUUGCAGAAUUUGCUGCAUCUUGUAAAAAUCCCAUCACUAAUUCACCCCCCAAAUGGAUGGCUGAACUAGAGAAUGAGGACAUUGAAAUGUUGAAAGAGCUGGGUAGUCUGACCACAGCCAACCUGAUGGAGAAGGUCAAAGGACUUCAGAACCUGGCUUACCAGCUGGGAUUAGAGGAGUCCAGGGAAAUGACCAGGGGCAAGUUUCUGAACAUCUUGGAGAGGCCCAAGAAGUGAAAUGUUUGUUUUGCAAGCAACAGGAAAUUUGAGGACUGCAAGGUGAAUCUGAUCUAUGUGUUUACUAGUAUGGUCUUAACAUACAACA